GGAAAAGUAGCAUUUCUAGAUUGAUAUUUUCGGAGGACUGAAGACAAAAUCCGGUGUCAUUAGCUAGCUGUUUUAAUGAAUGAUUAACAUGUUGUCCGUCAUGGGGACACACCAAGGACAUUGUCUUUGGAUUUUUGUCGUUUGCGUCGUCUUAACAGCCGACGCUGCGUGGAAUUUUAAGAGACCUGGAGGAUGCAGCGAGAAUGUGGCUUUUCACACCAAAGUUCUGAAAAGUUUCGAUGUGAAGGCGCAGUCUUUCUGUAGUCUGGCUUGCACACAAGAGGCAGAUUGUAAAGGUUACAACUACGAGACAGAAGAGUCGGCUAACGAGACUCGUCGAUGUGAACUGGUGGGGCUCCGGUCUGAUGUAUACGGCUCCUACAUAAGUCAUCGCCAAGGGUAUGCUUAUUUUGAAGAGGUAGAAGAUAGUUAUCAUGGCCACCAGGAUACUUGUUCACAAUACCACGAGGCAGAUUGUCCGGAGGGAUGGGUACAUUGGCGCACGUCUUGCUAUUAUUUCAGCACCGUCGAGAAGAACGAUAACGACGCAAGAACGCACUGCAGAAAUUUUAAUCUUGGCGCGUAUCCUGUUGCCAUAACAACCAAAGACGAAAACGAUUUCAUUGUAGAUUACAUAAGCGAGCAUUACGAUCCCAGUAGUAUCUCACAUGGUUUCACUAUUGGAGCCAAUGACGAGUAUAUGGAGAGAGUGUGGGUGUGGUACGGCCAGGGUUCGUCACUGGAGUCAGGCUAUACGAACUGGGAGAGCGCCACGGCUGGACCUAACCACCUUGACGAUAACAGAAACUGUGCCAAGCUCAGCACCACCGACAGAUGGCCAGGCGGCUACUGGCAUGAAUUUGCCUGCAACGGACAGAACUCGCGCUUCAUCUGCGAGAUAGACAGACGCACCAACCCAACCUCCUUCAAGGUUCUGGAUACUAUGCGCACCACGUACGGCAACUACGACUUCCUGGCGGUGAAGGUCCUCCUCCCCGAAGACGGCAUGUGCUCCAGUGGAGACUGUUGCACGGAAUACAAAAACCUCUGCAGUUUCUUGGGGCCCUUUUCCCCCACUGGGUGUUCCAGGCCGCAUAUCACUACCUCCAGCACGGAAUAUUUAAGGUGUGAAUCAGACUACAACGAUGACAUCAACAUACGCGACACCCUUAGCUGCAAUCCAUCCUCCAACAUCGCUUCAUUGGUAAAUUCCGCCUUCGGUAUCAACUCAGCGAGCGGAGGAACCAAUGGAAACACCUUUGGUUUUCACCAGUGCGGGGUCCAGAAGUGUGUCGCUUCACUGUCCGGAUCGGCAGCAGCUUUAUCAUAUACUGCAGGAGCCAUGAGUGGAGACCGCGUGGCAUACACUGCCUGCAGAGAGAAUAAUGCUACACUUUGUCAGUGCCCCAGCGGGUAUUUUCUCUGGCGAUGUUCUUGCUACAGAUUUGAUACAAGUUUGAAGACGUUUGCUGCCUCCCGUACGGCGUGUCAGGCCGAUUAUCCCGGUUCUGAUAUUGCCGUGAUCGAAGAUUCUGCCGAAAACGAGAUGCUGAAACAAACGGUCCGCGACAAUCCCUCUUACACUGAUAAUUUCUGGUAUAUCGACGGUUACGACCACAAUGCAGACAACUCAGGAUGGCAGUAUAUCUCCAAGCGAUACCGAAACUGGCAGUUCUCAGACUUUCAGAGUUCUCAGCCAAACAGUGGCGGCGCACAGUGCGUGGCUUUCUGGCCUGCCUACAACUGGCAAUGGGCAGACGAAAACUGUGGCAGCAGCUACCACUUUAUCUGCGAGAUUGACAUGCGGAAUCGACCUUGUAGAUGUCCGUCCGGGUAAAUGAAAACGUGAAAAUAUAGAUGAAAUUUCGAUGACCAGUAUGUCAGCAAAUAUAUCUUUUACUUGCGAAAUGGACUUGCGGAAAUCUGUUUGUAGAUUCCACACUGAAAAGUUUUUUCUUAAUACCUGCAAUUUUUUUUGAGUCAAAAUGAAGUACUUGUUUGUGAAAAAAUUAAAAUGUUACCCUACAUUCGAUUGGAUUUCCCGAAAAAGAUGCUUAGAAAAUAUUUGCCAACUGGCGUGUUUCAUAUUGAGAAAAAACAUCUUUCAAAACUUUAGAUAGGUUACUCGAGCAUUUAUAUAGUUUAUUUGUCCAUUUACUUAGUUCCCAUACCCAUCUGGAGUAGAAAAUAAACUUUAAAAAAAUCCAUGUAUUUUCUAGUAUACCUACCUGUGUAUUUCAUCUUGACGACAGUUACAUGUAACAAAUCAAAAGCUGGAAAUGUUUCACAUUUUUACUAAAGAAUUCCGUGUUCUUGUUUUUUUUCUUCUUUUAUUCAAGUGGGCAUAUCAUAUUUGAAACAUUCUUUUGUGUGUUGUAUCUGAAAACUAGAUACAAGUGUUGAAAGAAAAAAAGCUGUCAGCCUCGAGAUUAUGUCCUUGAAUAUGUUCAUAAUAAUAAAGAUUAUUUU